GGGUGCAUUACGUCACCUUCUCCUGAGCCCUGGUGCUGCGGGUGCGGGCUCCUCUCUGGGGCGCGGUGCUCUGUGUGUGUGUGUGUGUGUGUGUGUGUGUGUGUGUGUGUGUGCGCGCGCGCGCGCUCGCGCGUGUGUGCGUGUCUGUCUGGGUGUGUGUCUGUGUAUGUGAGCGUCGUGGGGGAAGAACCCAGCUAGACACGAGAGCCUCACUUGGUCCUCCGCCCCCGCAUCCCCAGAGGCGGGGCCACUGGCUAGGGAGCUCAGUCCCUCUGCGUGUCUGUCCAUCUGUCCCCCGAAGCAUCCAGACUUCGCUGGGGGAGGAAGCACGGGGGCGGGAGGGAGGGAGGGGGCCUGGGGACCAGCUGAGCAUCCAGUCAGGGUUCCAACCAGCCGCAGGAGGCGGCGGCACGAGGAAAACCUGGGGCCGGGGACCCAGGACCAAGGACAGCGGCUUCCUUUGACUCAGUGCAGCAUCCUUCCCUCCAUCCAUCUGCAGGAGGCAGUGGCUGCGCCCCAGGGAGAGAGGACCAGGGGCCAGAUACGAAGGACCAAGGACAGCGGCAUCCUCUGGCCCAGCGCUGCAUCCUUCCUUCUAUCCAUCCCUAUCCAUCGCAGCUGAAGGAGAGAGGAGAAUCAGGAUAGUUAAGGACCAGGGGCCAGGUCCAGCAACAUCCUUCCAGCUGAAGCUGCGGGAGCGGCGGCAGCGAGGUAGGGGGUCAGGAUGGCAGAGAGCGAGGCGGAGACCCCGAGCACUCCAGGCGAGUUCGAGAGCAAAUACUUUGAGCACCAUGGGGUCCGGCUGCCGCCUUUCUGCAGGGGGAAAAUGGAGGAGAUUGCCAAUUUCCCAGUGAGAGAUAGCGACGUCUGGAUCGUGACCUACCCCAAGUCAGGCACAGGCUUGCUCCAGGAAGUGGUGUAUUUGGUGAGUCAGGGGGCUGACCCGGAUGAAAUCGGCUUAAUGAACAUCGAUGAGCAGCUUCCUGUCUUGGAGUACCCUCAGCCGGGGCUGGACAUCAUCAAGGAGCUCACAUCCCCUCGACUCAUCAAAAGCCACCUCCCCUACCGCUUCCUGCCUUCAGACCUCCAUAACGGGGACUCCAAGGUGAUCUACAUGGCUCGAAACCCCAAAGACUUGGUGGUGUCUUACUACCAGUUCCACCGCUCUCUGAGGACCAUGAGCUACAGGGGAACAUUCCAAGAAUUUUGUCGAAGGUUCAUGAAUGAUAAAUUAGGAUAUGGUUCGUGGUUUGAGCAUGUCCAGGAAUUCUGGGACCAUCAUAUGGACUCAAAUGUGCUUUUCCUCAAGUAUGAAGACAUGCACCGGGACCUGGCGACAAUGGUGGAGCAGCUUGUGAGAUUCCUGGGUGUGUCUUAUGACAAGGCCCAGCUAGAGUCCAUGGUGGAGCAUUGCCACCAGCUCAUCGACCAGUGCUGCAAUGCCGAGGCCCUUCCCGUUGGGCGAGGAAGAGUUGGCCUAUGGAAGGACAUCUUCACCGUAUCCAUGAACGAGAAGUUUGAUCUGGUAUACAAACAGAAGAUGGGAAAGUGUGAUCUCGUCUUUGACUUUUAUUUAUAAGAGAGAUAGAAAGAAAACUCAAACUACAAAAAACUUUGCAUGCUCACAGCACCCGUGUCCUGUACGACUAGCUAGAAGCCCUUGAUGCGUUCCCUUAUGACUUGCUGGACAAACAUUGGUAGCUCUGUGUAAAACAACUGGAAACAGCCAACGGCUAAGUAACUGUAGGCCAUGCAAUUACCUUCAGUCCCAAACAGCCCUCUAAUAUGUAGCGUUUGAAGUCCCUUAUCUACUCUUAUGAACAUAAGCCGUUAAAAAACGUGCAGCUGUGGUGGACUGUAUUAUAUAUCAGUACAAAGUAUGUAACAUAUAUGCAAUUAGAAUGUCUACCUUUUCUGCCCCAUCCUGAUUAUUUAUUGUAUUUUAUAGAGCUUUUCACCGAGACUCUGAAUAAACAUAGUAAACCAAAUAAAUGUUCAUUUCAGAGGGGAAUCAGUGACAAGCCCAAACGGAAUUCUAGAAUGAACUCAGGGGUUAACUGUCAUAUUUAUUUUUGUAGUUUUAUCAUAAAUGGCACAAUUAUCUGGUUCUUAGAUGAGUAAUGGCUCCAAGGUGGAGGGUGGGGAUGGGGUGAGAGUUUGGAGGACAACUCUUCCUUCUUCGAUUUUUCCAGGGCUCAGUCUUCGGUGUCUUUUCUGAAAUAUAGGCAGAUCCUGCUUCCUGUAGUUCCUUGAUCUUGUGGAAGCAUGGCAUUACUAAAAACAAUGCCAAAGGGGCAGUUAACUCUCUAAGAAUGAUGUUACAAAUCAGACAGUAAGCAGGCUGGCACUUAAUAGUGCUUGUACUCCAGGGCUAGCUCGAAUCACUCCUGUCAGAUCUGAGGCAAAUAGUCAAGUGAUACUAUGGAGGGCUUGUGCAGAGUGAUAGCAGGGUUGAGUGAUAACGCAUUAAUCAUAUCAGCACAAGAUGGUGUUGGCUGAGGCUGCAUCAUGCAGGGUAUGCCCACAGAUGCAGAAACUGGCCACUAGGUUUUCCAGAUGUGGGAGGGCUUUCUGCAUGGUUUUCUUUGAGUGGACUUAGAGGCUUGUGAAGGUUGUCAGAACUUUGGUGAGGGAGGCCUGUCAGGGGGAAUCCAGCACAUGGGCAUGUGACACAAUUUGAAGUAUUCACAUGGAAGAUGACAUCUACAGUGACAGAAAACACUAGCCAUAAACUGCAACUGGAAAUUAUGUUUUACUCCAUAGCUGCCUUUUUUGUCCCCUAAGACAGCAGUCGACUGAAAUGGGCAACAGAUUGCCUACUAUAAGACUUCUAAAAUAUUCUUGCUUUUUCCGUACUGUUUGUGUUGUUCUGUCUGUACUUGAGUCCUUGGCUGCAGGAGAAACAUUUUGCAAGCUUGACACCAGACUUCAACCAGUUCUUGCUCCUGUUUACACGAGCCCUGAACCUCAUGGUAUCUGAAGGGAAAAGGUGAUAUUGUCAUUGCCUUCCCAUCAACCCCAAAGCACAGAGAACCCAGAGGGGUAAGGAAAAAGACUCUCAAGAGCAUCAGAGAAAGAGCCAGAAGGGUGGUGGGAAGGGACGUGGGCAGCUGCCAUCUGGUUCUGAACCACUUUCUUGAUGGGAGCUGUGAGGAUGCCCAUCUCUUCUAAGGUGAACCAGCAGCCAAAAUGCAGUCCUUACCCAGGUUCUAGGACUAGAAGGGCAGAUACCACCCCAAAGGGCUCAGUUCUGUGCUGCUUUAUUUGAAACCCAGGUGUAGAUGCUGGCUUUAUACUUUUAUUCCUUUUUAAAUAAAAAAAGAAAAAGCUGUUUGGAGAGCAGGUGGCCAAUAGAGUGGCCUGGCACCUUCUCUUCUCUAGCUGUGUGGGAGGCUGCUUUCCAUGAAAUUUGAUUUCUAUUUUUCUAUUUUUCGUAUUGUAUCAACCUUAAGCACUGCAUGUCCUUUCUGUGCUGGCUGGCUCGCAUCUUGAAUAAAGACGUGUUCUGUGCCUGGGCUCCUUUGGGAUGCCGCCAUCCUCA